CCUGCGCUGGGAGAGCUCAUGUUUUCCGCCCCAACUUCGUUCUCUUCUUGAAGGCCCCUCUCCUUAAGCGCGUAACCCGGCUACUUUCCGGUACUGCGAUCUCAUUGGCUGCAUCUCCUGUCAGUUCCAGAAGCUGGCCAAUGAGAUGCCGCUGCUGGCGGCCUUCUCGACCCCGUGGACCCCGAGGUUUCCCCGUGGGAUCGGAGCACUUAGAAGGGGAGGAGAGGGAAGGUGUGGCAGGCGCCGAGCAAAUGGAACUUGUUUGCUUCAUUCUUAUGUACCUACCUUUGCACCUUGUAAUCAUCCUUUAUGCCUCAGAGAGAGAGUGUGUCGCUUUGUUGCCCAGGCUAGUCUUGAACUUCUGGCCUCAAGCCAUCCUCCCACCUCGAUCUCUCAAAGUGUUGGGAUUACAGGCGUGAGCCACCGCACCCAGACAACAUCUGCCUUUUAGCUCAUCGUUUGUGUGAUCUUUCACCAUUUUUUUUCCUGACUUUUCUCCUUGAGUGAAAUGCCUCUAUUUAAAGUGUUGUUAUGAAAAUCCGAUGUGAUAAUGUUUGUGAAAGGGCUUUGAAGAUCAAAAGCACUAUAUAGUUAUAACUUUAGUGGUUUUUUUUGUUGUUGUUGAGGUGUAAUAGAGAGUCAGGAUUAGCCGAGCAUUGGGGCCGAAUUUAUAAAGGCCUGUGAGUGCAAAGUUUAGGGAGUGUGGUCCGGGAAGCUGUUAAAUGCUUUCAAUCAAGAGAAUGAUAUGAUAAAAAUGGCAUAACUGGGAGAUGAAUCUAGUGCUGAACUCCCACACCGAUUAGAGUGAGUUGGAUUGGAGGCAAGAACUUGGGUGCUAUUUUUUGUAUUUAUUUCUAAAAUCUAUAAUUCUAUAUAAUUAGGUAGACCUGUAUGUACUUUUAGCACUUUUCAUGUUUUCUAAGUUUGAAUUGUUGACUAAAAAAGUGAAGAUUUGAUGUGCAGCUAGAUUUGUCAUAGCCUUCCAAAGCGGUUUUGGCAAUAAUAUAAUAAUGUAAAUAGUUGAGAAUGCAGUUGUAAUCAGUUUUCAUUUAGCUGAUACGCAUAGGAAAUCCUGGUGUGGAAAAUGUACAACUGUGUAUCACUUUUUGUAUUUGGCUUUGAAGCCAUUUUGGAAAUUUUCUAACUCCCUUCAGGAGGUUGUUAGAAUUAUUUUUAAUUUUUAUUAGAGAAAUUAUCAGUUUAAUUUGCAUAGACUGCAGAGCUAAGAAAGGUAGCUUAGAAGGAAAGCAAAUCAGUUUUCUGAUUAAAGUGCCGCCAUUAUUUCACAUGUAUGUAGUGAGGAGUCACCUUCCUAAGAGUAUCAAGUUCUGAGACUGUUCAAGAUCUGUGUAAGAUGACCAAGGUUCUCUCCUGACCUUUACAUAUAUUGAAAACCUCUUAAGCUUGAUUGUUAUUUUGUGUCAGUAAGUAAUCCAUAAAGUGCCAACAUGGGAAAGAAACGGACAAAGGGAAAAACUGUUCCAAUCGAUGAUUCCUCUGAAACUUUAGAACCUGUGUGCAGACACAUUAGAAAAGGAUUGGAACAAGGUAAUUUGAAAAAGGCUUUAGUGAAUGUGGAAUGGAAUAUCUGCCAAGACUGUAAGACUGACAAUAAAGUGAAAGAUAAAGCUGAAGAAGAAACAGAAGAAAAGCCUUCAGUUUGGCUGUGUCUUAAAUGUGGCCAUCAGGGCUGUGGCAGAAAUUCUCAGGAGCAGCAUGCCUUGAAGCACUAUCUGACGCCAAGAUCUGAACCUCACUGUCUGGUUCUUAGUUUGGACAACUGGAGUGUAUGGUGUUACAUAUGUGAUAAUGAGGUCCAGUAUUGUAGUUCAAACCAGUUGGGUCAAGUGGUUGAUUAUGUCAGAAAACAAGCCGGCAUUACAACUCCAAAGCCAGCAGAGAAAGAUAAUGGAAAUAUUGAACUUGAAAAUAAAAAAUUAGAAAAAGAGAGUAAGAAUGAACAAGAGAGAGAAAAGAAGGAAAACAUGGCUAAAGAGAAUCCUCCCAUGAAUUCUCCUUGCCAAAUAACCGUGAAAGGACUCAGUAAUUUGGGAAACACAUGUUUCUUCAAUGCAGUUAUGCAGAACUUGUCACAAACACCAGUGCUUAGAGAACUACUAAAAGAAGUGAAAAUGUCUGGAACAAUUGUAAAAAUUGAACCACCUGAUUUGGCAUUAACAGAACCAUUAGAAAUAAACCUUGAGCCUCCAGGCCCUCUUACUUUAGCCAUGAGCCAGUUUCUUAAUGAGAUGCAAGAGACCAAAAAGGGGGUUGUGACACCGAAAGAACUCUUUUCUCAGGUCUGUAAAAAAGCAGUGCGGUUUAAAGGCUAUCAGCAGCAAGACAGCCAGGAGCUGCUUCGCUAUUUAUUGGAUGGGAUGAGAGCAGAAGAACACCAAAGAGUGAGUAAAGGAAUACUUAAAGCAUUUGGUAAUUCUACUGAAAAGUUGGAUGAAGAACUAAAAAAUAAAGUUAAAGAUUAUGAGAAGAAAAAAUCAAUGCCAAGUUUUGUUGACCGCAUCUUUGGUGGUGAACUAACUAGUAUGAUCAUGUGUGAUCAAUGCAGAACUGUCUCCUUGGUUCAUGAAUCUUUCCUUGAUUUGUCCCUCCCAGUUUUAGAUGAUCAGAGUGGUAAGAAAAGUGUAAAUGAUAAAAAUCUGAAAAAGACAAUGGAGGAUGAAGAUCAAGAUAGCGAGGAAGAAAAAGAUAACGACAGUUACAUAAAAGAGAGAAGUGAUAUUCCUUCUGGAACAAGUAAGCACUUACAGAAAAAAGCAAAGAAACAAGCCAAAAAGCAAGCCAAGAACCAACGAAGACAACAAAAAAUUCAAGGAAAAGUUCUUCAUUUAAAUGAUAUUUGUACUAUUGACCAUCCUGAAGACAGUGAAUAUGAAGCUGAAAUGUCACUUCAAGGAGAAGUAAAUAUUAAAUCCAACCAUAUUUCACAAGAGGGUGUUAUGCAUAAAGAAUAUUGUGUCAACCAGAAAGAUUUGAAUGGCCAAGCAAAAAUGAUUGAAAGUGUAACUGACAAUCAAAAAUCCACAGAGGAAGUAGAUACGAAAAAUAUCGACAUGGAUAAUGAUCUGGAGGUUUUAACAUCUUCUCCCACUGACUGUACUAGGAAGUUAAAUGGUGCCUACCUAACGGAAGGGAGCAAUGGAGAAGUGGACAUUUCCAAUGGUUUCAAAAACCUAAAUUUGAAUGCUGCUCUUCAUCCUGAUGAAAUAAAUAUAGAGAUUCUGAAUGAUAGUCAUACUCCUGGAACAAAGGUGUAUGAGGUUGUAAAUGAAGAUCCAGAAACUGCUUUCUGUACUCUUGCAAACAGGGAAGUUUUCAAUACUGAUGAGUGUUCAAUCCAACAUUGUUUAUAUCAGUUCACCCGUAAUGAGAAACUUCGAGAUGCAAAUAAACUGCUUUGUGAAGUAUGCACACGGAGACAGUGUAAUGGACCAAAGGCAAAUAUAAAAGGUGAAAGGAAGCAUGUUUACACCAAUGCCAAAAAGCAGAUGCUCAUUUCUCUCGCUCCUCCUGUUCUUACUCUUCAUUUAAAGAGAUUUCAGCAGGCUGGUUUUAACCUACGCAAGGUUAACAAACACAUAAAGUUUCCGGAAAUCUUAGAUUUGGCUCCUUUUUGCACCCUUAAAUGUAAGAAUGUUGCAGAAGAAAAUACAAGGGUACUCUAUUCCUUAUAUGGAGUUGUUGAACACAGUGGUACUAUGAGGUCGGGGCAUUACACUGCCUAUGCCAAGGCAAGAACCGCAAAUAGUCAUCUCUCUAAUCUUGUUCUUCAUGGUGAUAUUCCACAAGAUUUUGAAAUGGAAUCAAAAGGGCAGUGGUUUCACAUCAGCGACACACAUGUGCAAGCUGUGCCUACAACUAAAGUACUAAACUCACAAGCGUACCUCCUAUUUUAUGAGAGAAUACUGUAAUAAUAUCAAAAGCACUUUUUCUGGAAACACAUUUAUGGCUUUUAUAAUGGCUGAAAUAACAAUAAAAAAAGACUAAUUAAAAUCAUGUUCACUUAACAUUAAAUACAUGCCAGAAGAAAUCAUUGAAGGGAAAAAUACCUAAAAAUGUACAAAGGUUUUAUAUUGUCAUAGUGGUUUUUAUUCCUGCUUUGUUUCUGGAAAGGAAAUCCUGAAUUACUUAAGUCCUUUGUGUUUAAUAUAUCUGGGUGAUGGAUCACAACACAUCAAUAAACUGACUUACCCUAAAA